AUUUUAGUUUUAGUUGUAUUAGGAUUCAGUUUCACACAAGCAACCAAUAGAAAAUCAAGUAAUGCAAUAGCAGAUGUAGAGGAUUGUAAUUUAGCAGGUUCAAGCGUACCAUAUAGACUCACUGAAAACGGUGCAUACUAUCAAUGUGGGUGGGCAGCUAAAUAUUCAGCAAUUCGUAUUGUAAUUGGAUUUGCAGGUUUACUAUUAUUAAGUUUAUUAAUUACAUUUUUAUUUAAACAUAAAAGAUUAUCUUUCAUGAUUUUUUCAUUUUUUGCACUACUUUGUGGUGGUUUUGGACUUUAUUCAACAGUUAUUGAUGGUUUGGCAAUUGGAAAAUCAAAAAGUUUUUGUGAGAAAAAUGUAGAGGGCAAUGUUUCAUGUUCAUUCGAGUAUUUUUAUGGUACAGUGUUAUUCAAUUGUGUUGCAGGUAUAUUUAUGAUAGUUUGUUCGAUUGUAGCAUUAAGAAAUAGAGAUUGUUGUUUUGACACACAUGAAGAGUCACAAUCUUUAAUUAAAGAAAAAAAAGAUGAAGAAAAUAAUAUAUAUAAUACAAGUAAUACCCCAGACAAUUAUAACGCAACUUCAUCAAUUUAA